GGUGGACAGGAUGGUGAAGUUUAGUUUUCUUUUCGUCAUUUUGGUAAAUUUUAGAGUCCCUGUUUUAGGGAUAGAUAUGAACGAUCUGGAAAAAGACGCCGAGGGGUCUUUGGAAGCGUUGGACAACAUUCUUUCUUCUUUUCAAGGUGACGAAGCCUGUGAAUUUAAGUGUCCAAAUGAAGGAGAAGUGAAGAAACCUAGGCCUGGCCACAAACCAACCUCAAAUGGAUGUGGAUCUUUUGGAAUAAAGUUGGAGACAAGCUCACUGCCAGAGAUGACACGAUGCUGUGACGUACAUGACUUUUGCUACGAUACAUGUGGUAAAGUCCGAGCAGACUGUGAUGACCAGUUUCAGCUGUGUUUGUAUGAGAUGUGUGAGGCAAAGAAGACAACGUUUACAACUGAUCAGUACGAAGGGUGCAAAAUGGCCGCUGAACUGAUGCACGGUGGAACCAGUUCGCUCGGUUGUCACUCCUACCUGGAAUCACAGAAAAAAGCUUGUCAGUGCACAGGUGGUCAGCGGGACCCUUUGAAAUAUUUAGACGAGGAAGUGAAAAAGAAAAAACGUGAUGUUCUGGAUGUUCUUAGUGAUCUUGAUGGUCUUCUAGAUCUGGAUACAAAAGAUGAGUUAUAGCAUUGACUAUGGCAUGAAUAAAAUUGUCGCUGAUGAUUCAAUUGUUAUAGGGGACCUUCCUUUAUUGCUGAAAUCAUGAUUGUUGCUACGUGUAUUUGUUAAUGUGAUACAUGUAGGCCUUAACCUUAGUGAUUAUCUGUUAGAGAAUGAAAGCGCCCAGCUAUUUGUGUGCAUACAUAUUUUUCUUUUGGAUAGAAACCAUUUUGUUAACUGUGAUAAUACUUUUAAUACCCUUGACAUGUAGAAGCUUUAGUCCAUAUGAACAAAUUGUUAGUGAAUCUUAGUUUGAUUUUAAAGCAAGUUGAUCAACAACACAUCUUCCCAGAUGAUAAUGAUUGUUAGCAGUACUUGAUAUGUAUGCAAGACUGUAAAAUGAAAUUUCAUGUAAAAAUCAUGUUCCAAGUGCUUGCCAUCUAAAAAUUGGUGGUUUAGGGCUUAAAUUUAAUGAUGAUGGUUGGCCAAUUGCUUGAUUUAAUUUAUAGACUUUUGAAUGGCUGCCAUUUUGUUAGCAAAAUUGCGAAAUUGUGUAAGAAUUCAAAUCUAGUCAGAAAGUUGCCUCCCGGUAAUUAUUUUUUACACGUAUUGUUUUGGAGGUAAUACCAAAUCUUUGGAGUGAUUUGUAAAACCAGAUCUGUUGGUGUUGCUUUUCACUGUAAGAGAAGUCUGUUGGUGUUCUCUUCUGUGAAAUUGAAGUAAUAGACUCACUUACGUAUUUAUACUCAAGAUACAUGUAGCAACAUUGUAUUUUUCUAUUGUCCUAAGUCUUCCGAUGGGAUGGAUUUUUCUUACAUAUCUCAGAUUUAUAGAUUGAAUAAAUCUACAUUUUGAUAAA